AUGGCGAUGAGGAAAAUUUACAGCGAGAUAAAAGGGAUGAAAUUGAAAGAAGUUCCUGGGUAUUUCAAGCCGAUGCUUUCUGUGGGGCUUGUGAAGAAAUCUAUUCAGAGGGGUUUAGACAAUUACCAUGCUAAGUACAUUGAGACUGAUUCCAUCGAACCUCUUUACCAUAUCUGUUUCGGUGGGAUGAUCUUUUCUUAUCUCGUCGCUCUUCCCAAUGAGCGUCGUCACCUCGAGCACAAGCAGCAUGCCGAGCAACAUGGCCAUCAUUAAUCCCAUCCAGCUUAAAGAUGGGCCGGGUCGGGCUCUUCUCGGGUUAUGGGGUGACCAUUUGAUUGUUGUUAUUUGUGAACAUUGUAGGCAGGAAGAUACUGUCUUGAUCAAUGCAUUGCAGCAUUCAGUAAGAAAAUAAAGAUAUCUUUUUUUCUUUUUUUUUGUAAGUGAAAGGCUACCAUGGAAAACACAAUUUGAUUUUUUGCUAUGGUAAGGCAUGUAUUGCUGAUUUCUAUUUA